CAACAGCCACUCCACCCUCACAGAAAGAAAGAAAAAAAACAGUUGACUUCUCUUGAAAACACGAACUGCAAACGAAGACCUUACACUGUAAAACAACAUGGUGGUGGGAGUUCUUAACCUCAACAUCCCCCAAAUCCCUCUUUCCUCGUCAUGUCCCUUGCGUAAACAACCAAGGGCACGUUUCAUUUCCAUUAAAGCUUCCUUAGAGUCCUCGAAUUCCCAAACCAGUAUCAAGGAAGAAGAAAACCCAGGCUCCGUGUCUUCUUCUUCGUCGGCAGCAACAACGUUUGCUCCUCCUCCGAACUUCAAGGCGCCAGAGCCAAAGCGGUUUGCUGUUAGACCUGACAAGACUUUGGAAAUUGCUGGGGCGGCUCUUGCCUUGUUCUUCCGAUUCGGAACUGGUGUUUUUGUUUCUGGCUAUUCCGCAUCCAUUGUUUCUGAGAAUGAAAUUCCACCUGGACAAUAUUGUUUAGAAGUAGGAGGAUCUAAGGUAAAAGAGACAUCAAAGAUAGGCCCUCGUCCAGAGAAACCUAUUGAGAUAUAUGAGUUUGAAGGUUGUCCAUUUUGUCGAAAGGUUAGGGAAAUUGUUGCAGUUUUGGAUCUCGAUGUUCUGUUUUAUCCUUGCCCCAAAAAUGGUCCAAAUUUUCGUCCUAAGGUUGCUGAGAUGGGUGGAAAGCAGCAGUUCCCCUACAUGGUGGAUCCGAAUACGGGCGUUGCCAUGUAUGAAUCAGAUGAAAUAAUAAAGUAUCUAGUUGAAAAAUAUGGUGAUGGAAGUGUUCCUUUCAUGCUAUCACUUGGUCUAUUGACGACAUUGACAGCAGGAUUUGCAAUGAUUGGUCGAAUGGGAAGGGGAAACUCCUACACCCCAUCAAAAAUGCCUCCCAAACCACUUGAGAUAUGGGCAUAUGAGGGUUCUCCGUUCUGUAAGAUUGUGCGAGAAGUGCUGGUAGAAUUGGAGUUACCACACAUUCAACGCAGUUGUGCACGAGGCAGCCCAAAACGGCAGAUCCUGUAUGAGAGAGUGGGACAUUUUCAGGUACCUUUUUUAGAAGACCCCAACACAGGGGUGCAGAUGUUUGAAAGUGCAGAAAUAGUGGAGUACUUGAAAGCUACCUAUGCUCAGUAAUUAAUACAUCUCCGGUUCGUCUUAAGCUUUGUGGUGUAUCAAAGGAAGAACAUUAGUAUUAAUUGAAAAUUAGUCAUUCUCAGAGUAAAUAAGUAAACUAGUCAAACAUUAUAAACCA